AUGGAGAAAUCAGUGUUCCAAUGUUUCGAGGUCCUCGGCCGCAUGAACACAGUCACCCACUUGUGCGGUAACAUCCAGGAUGGGGCCAAUGAGCAGAAGAAGGAUGCCGAGGCGAGGAAAGAGGUCGAGUGCCCACCUGACAUCACUCCUCAAGCAAUGGCGCUCGCGCACGAGAUGCUGGCGAAGUUUAGGAACGAGCUAGACGAGAAGAGGGAGAGGGCCGAGGAUGCGGAAGAGCUGGAGGCUAAGGUCGCCGAGCAGCGGAUGGACGACAGCAGCUGGGACACUCGGCGAGAUUUCACGACCAUGCGCUUGAUUUUAAGGCCGAAGGCAACCCUGAAGCGAGACAAUGACAAGGCCAUGAGGGGCCCAAACUACAUGAUGGCUUGGGACCGCGAAGAAGAUGAGGUGCUCAACGUGAAGAUCAUCUCGAAGGAAAAGGCCUUAUUAGAGAUCAUCGCGUCGCACGCGGGAAAGCCUGGAGUUGAUGAGAUGUUCGGUUUAAUUCGGGAGUUCGGUCGACGAUUGGAUGAGCUCUAUCAUGACAAUUUCGUGUUCCCUGCGAUGAAGAGCGCGAAGAGAACCCGUGAGCAAGAGAAAAGCGGGGGGCGGUCGAUCAAGUCAGUGGAGGAGGACGAGGAAAUUCUGCGCCUUCCAGUGGAUCCCGAGAAGGAGAUCGAUAUCGCCACGCAGCCAGCUGAGCAGGUGGAGGCAGCAGAGCGCGAAGUGGCAGAUGAGAAAGAUAGGGAGAAGAAGAAACGCAAGAAAGAGCCGAAGCAGGCGAAAGAGCGCAAGGAGGCAGAGAAGAACGACCUCGAAGAGCCAGAAGCCAUAGACGACACGGGGGCACCAGCUAAAGCAAUGCCGUGCAAGGAUAAGCCGCGGGAGGAGGACUGGACGAGCAGGGUGCCCAGCUGGGAAUCGCAGGGCCAGGGCUGGUGGGCAAAGGACUCACAGCGCCAGGGCUGGUGGGCAAAGGACUCCUCACAGCGCCAGGGCUGGUGGGGAUCAAGCUCGAGCUCAUACUGGCCCGACAGGCAGGAUAACGUGGAUUGGGAGAUGGACGAAUCCAGCGACGAGUCCCCUUUCGCAGAGAUCAGCUUCUGCAUAUUCACGAUGCGCUGGAUCGUGCUGGACAUCUUCUCAGCGAGGAACAGGGCUCAGUGGAGGCCCUUGGCCGAAGAGGUCCGCGCCGCGCAGCGCUUCGAAGUCAACAGAGCGCUGACGAUGGUGCCAGCGUUCAUGGUGGCCUCGAUCGCGCACUGGCAGGACGAGAUUCGAGCGUGCUAUCCCUUCGGGACUUCGCUCAAGGACUGCAUGGACGCGGAGGUGACGCGGCUCGUCAGGACGCUGCCACCCGCACAGAGGCACCAGGUGGAGCAGCGCUUGAUUGAUGAGGGGUUCAACCAUGCGGCGGCGGAGUUCGAAGCGAUCGUCGAUCAGGCGAGGCAGGCUGGUCUCGACGCGAUCGUGCGCAGCAGGGCUGCAUUCGAGGGCUUCGAGGACAGGUCCGCGGAGGUCUGCCCCGGGGCUGGCGGCUGCGGCAAGCUGCGCGUGUUCAGGACAGCGGAAAGCUGCAAGUGGGCGGCCGGCGGCAGCGGGAGGCUGCGCGCGUGCAGGGCCACCCCAGCACGGGCGGCGCCAGCGGCGAUCCCCACGCCGCCGCCGACGACCACGCCUGCGCCCUCCGAUGCGGAGGCCGCGUGGGACUGUUCGCUGCGGCCGCAGGACGACGGCGGCGACCUCGCCAGGAUCGUGGUCGGCUGCGAGCCUCUCAUGGGGCAGGUGCUCGCCUUCCUGGCGGCCUCGCCCCAGGAGAUCUCGCUCGCGUGUGCGCCACCAGCGCAGCCGUCGCGGCUGCGGUGGCCCUCGACGAAACUUCCAUAUGGAGGCGGCUUUUCGAGCAGCGAUGGCCGGUCUUCGCCGAGUGCCUGGAUGCCCAGGGCGCGAAUCACUGGCGGGUGCUCUACCGACGGACGCUGGCCGGGAAGCAGGAGUGCUUCCUGGAGGUGUUCGAGCGUGAGCGGCAGCCCGGGUUCGCGAUGGCGGCCAUGCCCGCGCGGGUGCGCUACGAGGCCAGGCUCGGGGUCUACGUGGCGAGAUACCCGAGUGCCACCGAGUCCGCCGUGGAGCUCAUCAUAG